AUGGAAGACGCCGACAGAAAAAUACGAAAGACAGAAGAAAAAGCGGGGACCAAACUUCCACUAGUUCUUUGUGAAAAAAUUCUCCUUAGGCUUGAUGUCAAGGCUCUUUCUAGAUUCAAGUGCGUCUGUAAUGGCUGGCAUGACCUAAUCUCGAGUUCCCGUUUUAUCCGCCGUCACCUAGACCUUUCAAUAGCAGAUCCUGAGCAAAACCAUCAUCGAGUUUUCUUAAUUUUUCCAUUGACCACUAUUGAUUACAGAUACUUUGGCUUCCAUGUUGAGCGAAAAUAUUGCAAUAAAAUUAUUGACAAACCUCUUCGUUAUCCGAGGGAGAUGUCCCCGUUUUAUCUGGAAAUUAUAGGAUCAUGUGAUGGAUUAAUAUGUUUGUUGAGUGGAGUUAAGGACAAAUCCAUUAUCAUAUGGAAUCCAUCUUCCCAAGAGUUAGUGACUUCACCUUUGCCUUUUAACCAUGCUGACCUUGGCUUCUAUUGGUUCGGCCGUGACUGCAUGUCUGAUGGCUACAAAUUGCUUGUAUCCAGCCAUCGCAAGUACCACAAAAUCUACGAAUUGAGCCCGUAUGAAGGUUUGUACGACUGGAGGAAGCACAAGGACGAAGUAAUACGUCCAACUCGAGCUUUCGAGAAGAGGGGUACUUAUUUCAACGGUAAUGUUUAUUGGCCAUGCUUGCAGAAUAGGCACAUUGUGGUUUCAUACAAUUUGUCAAACGCGGAAGUUAGGGGAGUACCAGCACCCGAUAUCAUCAGAGGGAAUGCAAGUUUUACCUUGGGGGUUUUUGACGGAAGCCUUUGUGCAAUUUGUAAGCCCUAUAAGAAUUUUGAGAUAUGGACGAUGAAAGAGUGUAGCUUGGGACAAUAUUAUUGGACUAAUUUGAUUCAGUUAGAAGGAUUUGAAGCCAAUUCCAAUAUGUUGAGGCCUUUAGGAGCUCUAAGGAAUGGAGAUUUAAUUGUGGAUGUUGAUCAAAAGACCUUGCAAAGGUACUAUUUCAAUGGGAACACUCCAAGAAUUGUCAAAACACACAAUGUUAACCAUGGAAUGCUUUCGGAUGCUAUUACAUAUGUGGAGAGUUUGGUUUCACCCAUUGACAGUAUACAAUUUGGCCCACAACAAUUGCGGAUGACGAAUGAGGCACAUGGCUGUGCUAGAUAA